AAAGAGUUGAGCUGCGUCUCGACAUCGUUGCGAUCAUGGCUUCAAUAAUGCAGCGCCGUAUGCUCUCGAAAGAAGACGAAGCCGCGGACGAGGUCGAGGUUCGACGAGAAGACCAAGACAAGAUUAACAGGUUCAGCCGGCUGCACCAGCGAGAGCUUGCAUUGAAGGAGGAGCUGCAGCAGAAGAGUAAAGAAAAAGAAGAGCUGGAUGACAUCUCCACUGAACUCGAGCUUGCGGACGAGGAUGAAAAGAUACAAUAUAAAAUCGGCGACGCUUUCUUCCACCUUCCCCUUGAACAGGCACAAGAGAUGCUCAGCACCGCAACGACGAGAAUAGACGAAGAUACAGUCAAACUGGAAGAAAAGCUUGGCUCCAUCGAGGAAGAGAUGACACAGCUUAAGGUCGAGCUUUACGCAAGAUUCGGCAAGCAAAUCAACUUGGAGACGUGAAGAGCCAUACGACGUCGACCCAACAACUCCCAUCAUCUCGGGGUUGCCCUCUACUGAGCUCGACACACCCGCGGCUACUGUUAUUGUUUCUACGCAGGCCUGCAAUCCGAAAUAGAAGACGACACAAUCAUAUUAUGCCAAAAAUAAUACGAACCAAAGUUAUACUAGAAAUUUCAACGGAGCAAUGCAAGGAUAAUCUUAAAUUCAUCCAUGAUAGGUGACAAGUGCCCUGCGCUUAGAGGUCUCCUAUAAACAAAUGUUAUCACAUGGCGAAUA